AUGAGAUUCUACCAUUUUCUUUACCUCCUUGGGUUUGCUUAUGCUGCUCCCACCGAAGGCGACCAUCCCGUUGCUUUAAAUAAGCGCCAAACUGCCCCAACCAUUCCUCCCGUACGCCCAUUGCCAACGGCUCCUCUCUAUCCUCCCAUCAAUUUUACUGGUUGCCCCAUCACCAUUAAGCAAGAUCCAGGGUUCGAGAGCUUCAAGGCAUACAAUGUACAGGCAAACCUCUAUAUCGUUGACGCAAUUUCAUCGCCUGGGACCAAAAACGGCGCCAACCCCUACGAGUUUUUCCUCACGACUAGCGGUUCUAUUUAUCGAGGUGGCAUUGUAUUUGCCACCAACCAAUACGUGAUGCAAUUGCCUAAUCAACUUGGACCUGUGAAUAACGACUUUGUACGAACUCGUAUGACGAACGAUGGUUACGUUGUGGCCAAUGUCGAUUACUCGAACCUCGAAAACCCGGCGAAGACACCGCUGUCCUUCAAUGUGGAAAGGGCAGUAGCAACUGGCAAAUACGAUCCUCCCACUUCCUAUCGCAUGGUAGACGGAUGGGUUGCCCUCCGUGUCAAGGACAAUGCAGUUGACGGGGUAAUUCAACUCCCUAUAGUUGUUGGCGGCAACCCUCUAUACGUUGCUCGAUUUAGUGGAUCUUGUAUGAAGACUGUUGCCAAUAUCCCAGUUAGGAGCUGA